CUGUCCACGCGGUCCACGGUCCCCAUUGGGUCAUUGAAGAGCAGCUGCCAUUGUCGUGUAUUGUCCAACAAUAUAAGAGGAUUAGCGCGCGUGCACGUGCACGUCCACGCACAUUGUCCGGUGCCCACGGACGCGGUUGUGACGGGCACGCACACGUGCACGGAAGUCGAGAAGACCGGCUCGCCAAAAAAAAAAAAAAAAAAAAAAAGACUUCACCGGCGGCGCGCAUUUACUACUACACGCGCGGAAAGACGCGCUUUAUUGCCUGCGACUGGAGCGCGCGCCGACGGUGUGGAGGAUCGCGGACCCCACGAUGGAGCCCAGCUGCUGAAUUGAGGACGUGACGAGACGGGGAUCUGAUCAGGGUUUGCGUGAAAAGGGAAGACGUCUAUACACGGCCGGCAUGGCGUGUAUGUGGACCUGGCAGGUGCUCCUCACCGUCUCUCUGCUCCUCAUUCCCCUGUCCACGCACGGGAGGCAUUCAAUGCCUCGGCGUCAUCACCAUCGUAACCAAUCAUCCUUGCACCAGGAGGCCUUGAAUACCAGGAUGGUGCUAAGUGAUGACUCAGCAGAAAGGGAGCACCUGAUAGAAGCAGAAGUCCCCACUUUGUCCAAACACUCCCACUCCCACAAACACGCCCGCCUAGCUCUGGUAGAAGAAGACCCUCCUGUCGGGGAAGAGCUCACUGGCGGUGGAGCAGGACCGGAUCAGCCCGGGAACCCCUUGUCUGACGACAUCAUCACCGUGGAGUUCCACAGUCCGGCACCGGAAGUCGUACCUUCCGACGUGGAGUCUCCCGGGGCCAAGCUUCCCAAACCCCAGAAGCAAAAAGCAGGCGCCCCCACAGCUUGGACGCUGUCGGACUUUUACGACUACCUGUCGCCGGACGACGAUCUCUCCGCGUCGGACCCCACCCCGGAGCCUGAGCCCACCCCUUCCCCGCCGGUCUACAUGGAGGAUGAGAACCCGCUCUUGGCCGGUUCUCCUGCUCGUCCCGUCAACGCGAAGCCCGGCGUGGACAAUAAGCCUGCUUCGCCUGCGACGUCCCAGCCAGGACCAGACAACGGUGGAGACUUAAGCCUGGGUGGCGCCCUGGGGGGAGACGGGUGCAGGCUGGGCUUUGUGCGCUCCGGGCCUGGGAUGUGUGUCUCUCAGUGUGACGCCCAACCCAAUUUCUGCUUCAAUGAAGGAGUGUGUAUUGUGGUGGCGGGAGUGGGAGCCUUCUGCAGGUGCAACGUGCAGGACUACAUCUGGAACAAGGGCACGCGCUGUGAUUGGGCCAUCACAGAGUUCCAGGUGAUGAGCGCGGUGGUGGGCGUGGCCUCCGUGGCGCUCCUCCUCCUCCUCAUGAUCAUCGUGUUCUUUGCCAAGAGGCUGCACCGCCUCAAGAACGAGAACAAGCGGCUUCGCAAGCGCAGUAAGUACCGCCCGCAGAGCAGCGAGCCACAGACGGACGGCCUUUCCGUUUCAACCACCGCCGACGGCUCGCAGCCAAACGUAAGGAAACUGUGCGACUCACCUCCGCCCGCCCCCCAAGCUCACCCUCACAACCUGGCGUACUAUGACAACAUUAUCUGUCAGAGACCAUCGUCCACCACCCUUACCUGGGAAUUUAAACCCAGAAACUCGUAUAACCACUUCCAGGAUGACCCCAAGAAGCAGGAGGACCACGCAAAGUCGCCCCCGCCCAAGGAAGAGGGCGCCAUGAACAUCCUCAACUCUCACUCGCCCAAACACGAGAACAACCGUCCCACCUCCGUGGUCCACGACCAUAGCCAGGCCCCCAACAGCACAGACGACAACACCGAGGACGGAGUCACUAUUGGUCUGGAGGUGCUCCUCCCCAAAGAGGCGAAGCUCCACCCAGAGAAGAGCCCUCCCCUCCACUACGACGUCUUCCUCUACAAGGUGGCAAACAACGGCGACUCGGCCGCUCCCAACUCUCACUCCCCCGCCUCCCAUCACGCCGCAAAAUCCCCCAAGAGAGCCAAGGUGCAAAAAAAGCCACCCGGCCUGCAGGAUCCUUACCAGGGUAGCCGGGAGCCGCUCAGCGGGAGACAUUCCUCCCCGUUCCUGCAGCCCUCGUCCGGACUCAAUCGUCACUCAGCACCAGGGGGCUACUCCGCUCCCACGCGCCAUCACACACCCAAAGGUCGGCCUUCCAGUUCUUACUGUUCUGGAAUGAAAAGGGAGGACGGACAUAUUCGUUCAUCUCCAUCGUCUCCUCAUCUCACUCAUCCUCCAUCGUCACCUUCCUCCAGAGUCAAGUGCAGCCCGGUCAGCACUCGAUCCCUCCCACCACUCUCGUGACUUCAACACCUUCAAAAAACACUAACGCAUCCCCCAUUUCCCACUCUCUAACAUCCCCUUCGCUAUAGUGGCUCGUAGAGUUCAAGAAAACUGAAAAAUGGAGGAAAUAACAUCGAUGGACUUAAUGGUCACAUGAUCACAAAAUUGAUGUGAACAAGGUGCCAAUUUCUGUAAGCACUGAGGAGUUUUUAGCUCUUAUUUUACAAAAAAAAAAAAAAGCCUGCGUUUUUUUGUAGUUUUUACACAUUUUUUAGCAUGUAUGAUUAUUUCAUGUUUUGAUACAUUUGACAUGUUUUUCCCCAAUAAAUGGAUGAUAUCUACAACAUAAUGUGGAAGAACACACUGCAUUUAUUGUUUUGUAGAAAUAAAAUUAAACAAA